AUGGCGCCCUUCAAACGCAUUGCCGGCGUGCUGUGCAUGCUGUCGCUCAGCAUUGGCCCUGUUUACGGUCAAAGCGAUGUCGAGAAGGUCGAGAAGGUCGAGAACGUCGAGAACCCAACAUCGCGCAUCACUAUUGCUACAACGAGCUUGCCCACCGAUCUCGGGAUACUCACGCAAAGCUACACCGAAGCCGUCACCCCUAACACGGUCACCUACAUCACCGGCUCGGCAGCCUCUUCCGCGUCGGCCAGCUCCGGCAACGCGACCUCGACCUCGACCCAGACCACUCCGCCGCGGCCCACUAAUACUCGACCCUGCAACAACUACCCCGAGCUCUGCGCUCGCAAGUACAGCAACGUCACCCACGUUGGCUGCCACAACAGCCCCUUCACGCGCGCCGGCAGCGCCGCCGCGAACCAAGAGUUCCCUGUCAUCGACCAGCUCAACGACGGCAUCCGCUUCCUGCAGGCCCAGAUACAAUGGCCCGUGAACGGCACGGAGCCGCACUUUUGCCACACGAGCUGCGACCUGCUCGACGCGGGCCCCAUCACGGACUGGCUGCGGCAGGUCAAGGACUGGGUGGCGGGGCACCCGUACGACGUGGUGACGAUCCUGCUCGGCAACGGCAACUAUUCGACGCCGGACAAGUACGUCGGGGCGAUCGAGGCGUCGGGCAUCAAGCAAUUCGUGUACACGCCCAGCGUGAUCCCCAUGCGGGUCGACGACUGGCCGACGCUGGGCCAGCUGAUCCUGUCGGGCCAGCGCGUCGUCAUGUUCCUCGACUACAUGGCCAACCAGACGGCCUACCCCUGGCUGCAGGACCAAUUCAGUCAGAUGUGGGAGACCCCCUUCGACCCCGUCGACACCGCCUUCCCCUGCACCGUGCAGCGCCCGCCCGACCUGAAGGCCCAGGACGCCCGCCGCCGCCUAUACAUGAUGAACCACAACCUCAACGCCGAGGUCUCGCUGCUGGGCCAGUCCAUCCUCGUGCCCGCCGUCAGCCAGCUCAACGUCACCAACGCCGCCGAGGGCCCCGGCAGCCUGGGGAUGGCGGCUAACAACUGCCGCACCGACUGGGGCCGCGCCCCCAACGUGUUGAAUGUGGAUUACUACAAUUACGGGAACUACCCCGGUAGCGUGUUUGAGGUGGCCGCGGCUAUGAACAACGUGACGUUUGUCAAGCGGCCGUGCUGCGGGCCGGGUUCCAACGCCGCCGGGAGGGUCGAGGUGGUGAGGGGGGCCGUGUGGAUGGGCAUUGCUUUGGGGGUGUGGUUGCUGGUUUAG